AUGCAUAACUUUUUGAACCCCAAACUUUUUCCAAAAGCCGUAUGCAAAUCGCCUUGUUUGGACAAUUACGAAAUAGAAAACAUCAUCAGCGAGGAUUACACAAAAAAAUGCAGAGGGUUUCUAGCCUAUUCAUCAAUAAAACCACCUGUAGAUGUGGAUUUUGAAUUUAUAUGUUCUGUUAACAUAUAUUACAUAAAAAUCAAUAGUUCUGUUGGCUCUCAAAAAUGCACUGGAAUUGAAUUGUUAAUAAAAUCCUCUGAUACCUACACAACUGUGGCUAAAGCGUUGUUUGAAAAAGCUGGUGUUGUAUUUUGCAAUAGCAGAUUUUACUCUAAAGAAAAACCUCCUUGUGACUUGCAAGAUUAUCACUUGGCGUUUUUUAGCAGUAAUUUAUUUAGGUUGUUUUUGAAUGCUAAAGGGGUGAGAUUGAGAAUAUUUAGAACUUACAAGUCUGUUCCUUGCCUUUCAUCUGUAGAAGUUUGGGGUAAAGUUUCAAAGCUCUGUUCUGCUACCACCAAAGAAACUGUUGAGAAAUUGGUGAAUAAAAUCAAUGUAAAACCCGGUUCUAACACUGUCAAAGACAAAGAUGAAAUUCCUGAAGACUUCAGAGAUGAUUUGACAAACGAAAUAAUGACAAUUCCAAUGACACUGCCUAGUGGCAAGACAGUAGACCAAACUACAUUGGAAAAAUAUAAUUUAAACGAAAAAGAGUUUGGACGAAAACCUGGGGAUCCAUUUACAGGUCUUAAAUUUAGUGAUAAAUUAAAACCAAUUUUAAAUGUAGCCCUUAAAAGCCGAAUUGAUAUGUAUUUACUGCAGAAUAGUGAUAAACCUGAGUUUUUUAACUUGAAGAGAACGUUGGGAAGAAGUUCUGUAUCAGUUAAUCCCAGCACUUCGAUAUCCUACAAGAAAAUCAAACUGGAUAAAAGUGAUGAUGGCUUAGAAAGAGCCAUUAAUUUGGUAAAAACUAAUACUAAUUUUGUUUCGUUUACAAGUGAGGAAGAGAAAAGUAUAAAAUGUGUUAAGUGUGGUAAAGUUGGGGAAUAUUUUUACAAGGCCCCAUGUCAGCAUUUAUUUUGUAGAAAUUGCUUAUUGUUGAUAUGUAAAAAAAUGGAGUGUGGUGAGUGCAGGACAGAAUUUAAUAAAAGUCAUAUAACAAAAGUUAAUUUAUAA